UUUCUUUACGCAUGCGUAGUAAAUAGUACGGUACGGUGUGACGAUUUUAGACUAAAAAAAGUAAAAAAUCAUUACAAGAGGGAGCCCCGUUCACAAAAAAACAAUUUUGUGUUUUGUGAGAUCCUGGUUCCUGUUCCUGCCACUCUUCAAAAUAUUUGCCGAUUUUGUGAAGAGAAAAUUGCUGAACCAGCUAUUUAUUGAUUGAACGUAUUCCUCAGCAAUUGGUAAAUUGUUCCAAAGGACAACAUGGAAUUAACGAACCACUGCCCGAUCCACGAUCUUAUAAUGCGCACAGAAUAUACCAAUGAAACCGUUACCGAAGAAGUUGUACUGUUAAUACAGUCGGGUUGUGACAUUAACACGACGGAUACUUUCGGCAUGACACCUUUGCAUUUUGCUAUAGCACGCUCUCUGACCUGUCUUGCGGAGCAAUUGAUUAUUAGAGGUGCGAAUAUUGACGCGCAAGAUAAAAUUUUCGAAGGAACGCCUCUACAUCAUGCCGUCAAAUUUAAAAAUCACGAACUUGUGUGCAUGUUACUAUGUUACGGUGCCGAUGUAAAUGUGGUGAAUCGCGAUUCAAUGACUCCGUUAAUGUACGCUAUUACUAUAGGCGAUGAAACGAUGGCUUCUACUUUAAUGGACUUUUACGUACAUUUUUCCGAGGUCGACAAAGAUGGAUCUGAUGCCUUAUUGCUAGCUACAGAAAAGAAAAGCCCCAUUGCAGUAACUUUGAUAGAAGCAGGUGCCGCUUUAGAUAGUUUUGCCGAUUGUGAUUUCAAUCCAUUUGUGUUUUCUUUAAUGUAUACCGAUAGCAAUGUGUUUAAGUUAAUGUGGAGUAGAAAUUAUCGCCACUUACUGUACUUACGUUCCCCAUUUUUGCUAACUUACGUAAAAUUUUGCUGUUUUUCGACAAUGGAGUGGUUAGAAUGCUUGCAUAUUAUUCUUUCAUCGCGAAAUGCUAUCGAUUUGAUGGAAGACAUUGAUUAUUCGCAAUUGUGCCGUUGUUUAUAUGCAGCUUUUAAGAAACGUGCUAUACCGUUUGAGGAUAGAAUAAUAAUUUUUAGUUUGUGCUUAACUUUGGGGAUGACGUUAGAAUUUGAAGAUUUAAUGGCAAUCUAUAACUGUUUUGGCUUUGGUGAUGAAUUGGAAAUUGCGAUCCAUUGUGGCAGUACAUUUACAUUCCACGAUGUACAAUUAACAUGUAACGUUUUACUUAUGCUUCACAUUCUUGGAAAAGAACCAGUCGCAUCAAAUACUGCGAGGUUAACUCUCGAAGGGUUUGUUAAUGAACUCCAACUGAUACAUCGUGACGAAACAGUAGACCAUAAUGUUAUAUUAAACGCUUUAACAUAUUUUACAUUAAAUGAUGAAAUGAAGAGUGUGUUGCACGAAUUAAUUUUAAAACUUGGUUUAAACAAAUUUGAAUUCACGAUAGCAAAGGCUCUUGACUUUCCAUCUUUGCAGGAAUUAUGUCGAAGUAAUAUUAGAAACUUAUUGCGUGAUGCAAACGGUGUACCGUACAAAUUUCACAAUAAAAUUAAAAGUUUGAUGCUGCCUACUGCUUUAAAAGAUGUUCUUUUAUUUAAGCGACCUAUUUAUAAUCUGUAUUAGAUGUGUGUCAAUAAAAAAAUUAUA